GCUGCGCGCUCGAGUCUGGCGCCAUGAACCAAACUCGUUCAUCCAACUUGCCGAAGCAGAAAACAUGUGAUCUUCGGUCUAUGCCUCCCUCAACGACUCGUCCACUUCCUGUUUCCCGGUGGGAAAGUUCAAGAAAUAUAGCGAAUUUCAUCAAUACUGAGUUUAAUUGAGCACCAUGGAUCAUUACAAGGUUCUAGGUUUGCAGAAGAGCGCCAGUAAAGAAGAAAUCAAAGCGGCAUUCAAGAAAUUGGCCUUCCAGUUCCACCCAGACAAGCAUUCGCAAUCGUCCAAGGCCGUUAGGGACAAUGCCACUCUCAGAUUCAAGCAAGUCUCUGAGGCUUAUGAGGUCCUCAUGGAUGAUCGGAAGCGUGCGGACUACAAUAUACGAUCGCGGGCUGGCACUGGCAGAAGUGGCUUCUCUGCUGGUGGGAGUAGCGGUUACAACUAUUAUUACUACUAUAGUUAUAACUAUGGUGGGAAAGGAAACACGAACAAUUACAAAUAUAGCUAUAAAUCUGGUUCUGGCUUUAGUGUUGGCGGCAUGGCGUCCAAGUUUGAGUCAGCUCUUCGGUUUCUGACUACGCGAGCUUUUCUCCUCAAUCUUGGCUUUGCUGGAGCUUUCUUAGGAGGGAUUGUCAUUAUUGAUUCAAGCCGAGAAGCCAUAUGGAAGAUGCAAAAUUCGGGGAAAUCCUUCGAAGAAGCCAUGGAGACAAUUCAGAAAGCGAAAGGCGAGCGACAAUGAGACAGUACGAAGGAGAAAGUCUGUUCUCGUUGCACUGAAUGUACAUAAUUUCUAAAUAGCAAAGGUGACAUUUCAUGAUUAUUUGGAGAGCUUUUUUUAAAUGUAUGGGGAGAGAGAUGUUGACCACUGUUUGUUUUUGAGGGUGUUGAGAAUCCAACCCCCGAACAAACAAGCUGAUUGUUUGAAACAAUAGGAAUACCUAUUCCAAUGGCAUCAAUAUCAAUGUAAAAUAUCACAUUUAUAUAGAAUCGAGCUGUUUAUAAGUUGGCA